AUGACAAUCUUCGGCGGUGGCCAAUCGAAAAAAGCGCCACUUAUCGGAGAGAGUGGCAUACCAGCUUAUUGUCUCAAAACAAUCGGUUCUCGACAUAUUCUUGUUGCUGGAGGAGGAGGUGCUUCGAAAACUGGAGUUUUAAACGAAAUUCAGACUCAUCUUUUCACAACCGGCAGUGCAAACCAAGAUGUUGGAUUUCAAUCAAAAUGCGUUGGCAAGUUCGACACAGGAUCCAUGGCCACGAUGAAUAUGGAUGUUGCAUGUGCGUUCGACGAAAUUUCAGCAAAAUAUGUAAUCGCUGCAGGGCAAGAAAACUUAUGUGCACUCUACAUGACUCGAGCAUUUAAGCUGAACGAAGAAAAUGAAUGCUUAUCGUUCGAAAUUCAAAAAGUUAGCCAAGUUCGAUCGGAUUUUCAUGCCUCCAACUCUUACCAGAAAUGCGUUCGAUUUGAUAAAAGCUCCCGUGGAAAAAUAUUUGCAACUGGCGGAGCAGAUGGACACAUCCGGAUAUGGAAUGCACAAAUUGUUUUCCGCGCCGAAAACGAAGACGCUCAGCCAAUUCUUACUAUUCAAGCUCAUAAAGCAGAUGUUGAUGAUAUAGACUUUUCAAAAGAUUCGAAGACAAUAAUCUCUGUUGGAGCCGAAGGUGCAUUCAUUUGGAGCACACAAACUGGAGCACGACUUCUUGAUUUACAAUUCCCAAUUGAAAUUUCGCGUGGAUUCAAGAUGCGAUCGAUUCGAUGUACUCCACUUGGAAAAGCGAGCAACAAUACAGUGUUUGUAGCAGCAUAUAAUUCAAUUUCCAAAGGAUCCAAAGAUCAAGCUUCAUUUCUAUCAUUAUGGGCGUUCAAUUCUGAAAGAAAUGUGGCACGGCCAGUUGUAACAAAGUUGUUGGCAAAGGGUCAGAGUAUUUCGUCACUGGCAGUCUCAGAUUGCGGAAAUUUCACUGCUGUUGGUACAAUGUCUGGAAGUGUUCUCGUGUUCGAUACCCAUGAAUGUCGCCGUCUUUACUUCUCUCCCGAGUCUCAUGGUCUUUUUGUAACGGGAAUUGAAUUUGUAUCGAGGACAUCACCGUCAAUUUGCGAAGAUAUUCAAUCAGAAACACCUGGAAUCGCAUCCGGAUUUCAAUCUGCCGUUGUCACGCUGGCCGCUGACAAGACAAUGCAACUUCAUCGAGUACCGUAUCCUCAACCUCAACCUUUUAGUGAAUACUUGCUUAUCAUAUCAUUAGUUUGCUUAAUCUUUACUUGGUUGUCAUCAUUUUUCAUUGUUUCUUGAAUGAUACAUCAACAUUCCUUCACUGUACUCUAACCAAUUCUCUUGUGCUCAGUCUGAUCCCCGGCUUCUUCCACUUUUUCAUUUCAUAUUUAUUUCUCCUUUCAUGUGUCUUAAAGUAAGAAAGUAAUGUAAAUAUUAAGUAUUCCGCCUCUUCUUCUCUAAUACACACCUAAUUACUAUUGUUGAUGGACAUUCAGUAGAGAGAAAGGAGCGAGGUAUCUA